AUGGCGAAAGAAACCGAGUAUUAUGAGAUCCUAGGUCUGAGUGUGGAUGCCGUUGACCACGACAUCAAACGGGCGUAUCGCCGCCUCGCGUUGAAGUACCAUCCGGACAAGAACCCCGAUGACAAGGAGGCGGCGGAGAUGUUUAAGCGGAUCAGUCACGCCUACGAGAUCCUCAGCGACGAGGAGAAGCGGCGCAUUUACGAUCAGCACGGCAAGGCGGGGCUGGAGGGUGGCAGCAUGGGCGACGAGGGCCUCGACGCUUCCGACAUCUUCUCCAUGUUUUUUGGUGGGGGACGACGUCCACGCGGGGAGCGGAAGCCGAAGGACCUUGUGCACGAGCUGCGAGUCUCACUUGAGGACCUGUACAAUGGGAAAACGCGGAAAGUCUCCGUCACGCGUGAUCGGCGCUGCGAUGUGUGUGAAGGCAACGGCAUCAAACCCGGGGCGGAGCGUCGCACGUGUGUUGCCUGCCACGGUCAAGGCGUUCAGACGUUUGUGCGGGAGUUAUUCCUUGGCAUGCAUCAGCGCAUACAGCAGACGUGUCAGAGCUGCGGUGGGGAGGGCACCACGGUGCGGGAGGUGGACGUCUGUGUCCGCUGCCGCGGUGGCCGCAUGGUGAAGGAUCAAAAGGUGCUCGAGGUCCACAUUGAGAAGGGAAUGCGGCACCAAGACGUCGUGCGGUUUGACGGGGAGGGUGACGAGGUAGUUGGCAUGCGUCUUAAGGGAGAUGUGCUUAUCAUCUUGGCGCAGAAGCCGCACGACGUCUUCCGCCGCGUCGGCAACCACCUUCUCAUGAACUACACCAUCAACCUGCAGGAGGCGCUGUGUGGAUUUGAGCUCCCAGUGCAGCACCUCGACCGGCGCAUGAGGCUGAUAAAGAUCCCGUGUGGGCAGGUGAUAGACCCCGAAGCUGCGUGGGUGGUGCGGGGAGAAGGAAUGCCGCUGCCGAACACAGGCGGACUGAGUCGUGGCAACCUCAUCAUCCACUUUGAGGUGGAGUACCCGACGCAGCUGAGCAUGCGACAGCUGAAAAGCAUCGCCGCCGCACUCGACGCGAAGGAGACGCUCCCGCGGGUCAGUGGGCAGAAGGUGGUGUUGAGCGACGUGGGCCGGCGCCAGGCGCAUGGGCAGAGCGGGUCGGCGCGUGCCUCGGCUGCAGCCCGGCGGAGGCAGCGACAGAUGCAGAUGCCCGCAGGCGUAAACGAGGAUGGCUUUGCGGCAUUUCAUGGCGGCCCCUCGGGCACGCAGACGGUGCAGUGCGCACCGCAGUAA